UGCCACAAUGAUAGCCAAGAGACUGCACUGCCUGCUCCUGAUCUGCGCCAGCGUCGUCUCGGCACAGCAGCAGCUGCGCCCACAACGUUCGCUCUAUGGCGCUCCCCCGCUGGGUUGGAAUAGCAUAAAUGAGUGGGCGCCCAUAGCGCCCAUUGGUCUGGGGCAGAUGUCCAAGGAUGAGCUGCUGACGCUGCUGGAGGCUUGGCGCGAUGUGGAGGAGGCCCGGCCGGUGGCAACUGAAGUAGAAGACUUGAUGAAACCAGCGCCUGCGCCUGCGCCAGCUCCAGCACCCGCACCAGCUGCUCCUCCAGCUGCAGCAGCCGCAGGCUCUAUCUCAGCAUCUGCAGCUGGCGGCGCACGUUCACCGCUUACUGUGGGCCUGCCCGCCUUUGUGCCCAUCCAGCUGUCCGCAAUGUAUACACCGCAGCUGGCGGCCAUGGCCAUGGCUGGCAAUUCGGACACUGCUGUGCCCUUUGGCAAUGUUGCAAACGCGCCGCGACUCUUUCGCUUUAUGACGCUGCCCAUGACGCAGGCGCAACCACAGCCACGUGCUGCUCCAGCUGCCUUGAAUGUCAUGCGCAAUACGCUAGAAAGCGUUGAUGCCGGCGUCGCGCCACUUGCUAAGCUGGUGCAAGCCAAGCCCAAAGUCAAAGCGCCGCUGUCUGCGCCCCCCAGGCUGCCACCAGCACCCAUUAUGCGUCCCAGAUUCAUGCUGCCAGCGCCGCUGUCGCAGUCGCAGCCUCCGUUUCCAGCAAGACUGGAGUUAGUGCCUUCAUCGCAAAUUAUAGGCAAUUGGCGCGAGUAAAC